AUAUCGUUCUUUCCCUACGACGCCAAGGCCGAUAAAGGAGAACGCCGAGAUUUGAGAGUUUAUAAGAUGGAAAGCUCAUAUAGCGGCCAAUAUUCCUCAGUGAGGAAUUGGUCAUUGUCGUCUCUAUUGCCAUUAUUGAAAUCACCAUCAAGAUGACUGCGCCAAUCGAACCUACGACUAGUCCCGAAGAUGCGGAAAAGAAUAUCGCCCAGACAAACGUCAAGGAAUCCUCCCUACCAUCAUCGUCAUCAACAUCAUCUCUAAGCGAGAAACCACAACCGUCAUGGCCCUGGAAAGUCACCGCAGUUGUUCUUGUAACGCUCAUUCGAUUUGGAGGUUCUUGGAGUGCUGGUAUUACCGGCGCCAUGAAAUCAACAUUGAAAAAGGAACUACACAUCAAUAACACCCAGUACGCGCUACUCGAAGCCAGUGAGGACUUCAUAGUCACCGUCUUGAUCCUAUUCAGCGGUCUCUUAACCGACCGCCUCGGAGGCGCUGGAGCGUUAUUCUACGGCAAUAUCGUCUACUCCAUAGGAUCAAUCCUAGUCGCCGCCGCUGCUCAAGUGCGAUCAUUCAAAUUCAUGAUUGGAGGUAGGGUUAUCCUAGCCAUAGGCGACAUCGCAACCCAGAUUGCCCAGUACCAAGUGUUUUCAUCUUGGUUUGCGCCGAACAAUGGAUUUGGCUCGACCCUCGGGCUCGAACUCAUGGUUCAAAAGCUAGGAGCAUUGGCCGGGACGGGGUCCGCGAAUGUGAUCGCGGUCAAUACUGGAAAUUUCGCUUGGGUGUACUGGAUCGCAGUAUUCAUCAAUUUCUUCACCAACAUAGUUUCCGCAGCCUUUUUCUGGUUCAACAAGAAGACUAGCCACAAGUUCGGACAUAGUGUGGAUCCCGCAACUGGAGAGAAGCUAGUGACGAAGGCGAAGAAACUUGAGGUCCGCAAGGUCCUCGAACUCCCGUGGGUGUUCUGGGUUAUUAUGGCAUACUCCCUGUUUACUACUUCCACGGCAGUCAUCUUUAAGGGAAACGCGACGGAACUUGCCGAGAAGAGGUUCAAAAUUAGCGCCGUCACGGCUGGUUGGUAUUCUGCCUUGUUGCAGUAUGCUGGAUUUUUCUUGGUCCCCGUCGUUGGCGUGAUGAUUGACGUAUUGGGACAACGAAUAACUCUUAUGGCAACAUGCGGAUUUGGAACCUUCAUUGCCAUGGCCUUGGUAAAUUGGGCUUCAACCGUUUCGGGCACGGCAGCGGCUUUUGGUAUCUAUGCUAUCGUCUCUACUUACAGCCCCACUGCGAUCAUUGACAGCAUGCGCACUUCAUUAUGGCAGCAGACUACUUUUGGAACGGCAUAUUCUCUAAAGAUCAUGAUGAACAACUCAAUUAACAUAAUAGUGAGAAUCGUCGCAGGCGUUAUUCAGGAUGCUGAUAAUGAUUCCUACAACCACGUGGUAAUUCUCUACGUGGGGUUGGCAGCGGCCUCCAUGGCCGUGUCUUGCGUUAUGAUAUUGCUCACCUACACUUCCGUGGACUUUAGGAGUCUUCAAUGGAGCAGGAAGCAACGACUUUCUCGGAAAGAUCUCUUGGUUGAACGUAAGAAGGUAUUCUUCGGCGAAAACGCAACUAGGAAUAUGGUGAUAUCAAAAUCGGCCUUCGGUCUCCUAAUCGUUUUACUUCUAGGUGGUUGGGCGUCUUACAUCUGGGGAGCCGUAACUGGUCAUAACGACUAAGGGGAUGAUAAGUAUAUGGAAAAUUAGACUAUCAACGACGACAUCAUGGAGCUUAGAGGGUUGGGAGGGUUGUGUUGUGUAACAUAACAUAGGAUUCUUGGAUUUAAUAUGAUAAGGGAUUCUUACGAGAGGACCCCGUCUUGAUAAUUCUCCA